AUGGCCGAGUCGAAGCUGUUCACUGUCCGUCCAGCCUCCAAGCAAGCCCGCGUCGACCACAGAGACACAUUUCGUGUGUAUCUCUCUCCGGCUUCGCUGCUGCAGGUCAAGGUGCGCGUAGGAGAGCUCUGCCAGCUGGAGAUAUACAGCAGUGCCGGCGGUGGCCAUGGAAGUGCCAGCGGCAGCAGCGUGAAGAAGACGGCGAUUGCAUGGACGGCGGCAGAGAAGAUACACGACAACAUCAUCCAGACGUCCAAGCAGAUGCAGGAGCUGUACGGCCUCAGGCUGGGCGACAAGGUCUCUGUCUCGCCUGCGUCUGACCCGCUGGCUGAUAUAGAGGCCGUUAGGCUCGAGGAGUUGAAGCGCAGUGCUACUCCUACUACAGCAUCAUCAUCGUCAUCACAGCCAGCAGCGGCAGCAAGCCGAGAGCUCACGGACGAAGAGCGCCCUCACUGGGAAUGGGCGCUGGAAUACCCUCUGUCCAAGUGUGAGGUCGUCUCGCUCGGCCUCGUCUUUGACGUCGAGCUUAAGGGCGUGUCCAGGCGGUUCCGGGUUGUGAAUGUUGAUGUUGGUAGCAGCGGCAGCGUCAAUACCGUCUUCAAGUAUACCGAACGCUCGAGAGUGGUCAUUGGCAGGGUGGAUGAGCCCUUGGAGGAUACUACUUUAGUUUCUACAGACCGCCUACAGGUCACAGCGGAUGGGCUGGGAGGGCUGGCGCCUCAGCUGGCGAUAGUCAACGAACGGCUACAGGACUUCAAUACCCAGGACCAGAAGGUCGCCAUGCCUUCGUUCUACAAGAGCAGCGGCGGAAUACUCAUCUACGGGGCCAAGGGGACGGGGAAGAGCGCUCUGCUGGCCAAGAUCGAAGAGACGUGCUGGCGCCGGACCUUUGCCAUCACCUCGUCCGUCCUUGGUAGCAGGGCAGGCGGCGGGGACGGGGCAGCGGUCCUGCGCAAGAUCUUCUCGGAUGCCCUCAAGUACCAGCCUUCGCUCAUCAAGAUCGACCAGCUGGAUUUUAUUGCUCCCAAACGAGGGUCGGGAGGGCCAACCGAUGCGUCUCUCUCCCCUGCCCUCUGCGAAGGGCUGGACUCCCUUCAGGACAGCAGGGUGCUGGUCGUCGCAUGCACACGACAUCCAAACGACGUUGAUGAUAGCCUACGGACACCACAUCGCCUGGGGAUCGAGGUCGAGUUGCAGAUUCCAACGUCAAAAAGCAGACUGGAGAUCCUGCGUGCUCUUCGAGGCUCCGCAUCCCAGCCCACGGACGAUCUGCUGCGGAAAAUCGCUGCAAAAACACAUGGCUAUGUUGGUGCGGACCUUCUCUCAUUGCUCCAGCUGUCCUGCAGAAAGGCAAAAGCACGCAUGCUGGCACCUACGCCUCAUCUUGCAAACGGUAUAUCAGGGAACCAUGUAGAUGAAGAUGAAGAUGAUUACGACGAUUACGAUGAUUAUGAUGAUUAUGAUGACCUGGUAAACGCAGACUUGACGGCUGAUAAAAUACGCCCUUUGAAAAUUCGUGAGCAGGAUAUGGUACAGGCCAUGAAGGAGGUCCGGCCCACGGCGAUGAGAGAAGUCUUCUUAGAAACACCUUCGGUGAGAUGGUCGGAUAUUGGUGGCCAACACUACAUCAAGAGGCGUCUUCAAAAGGCUGUCGAGAGGCCGCUAAAGACGAUGAUGGUCAAAGCCCUUGCCACAGAGGCAGGCUUGAACUUCCUAGCCGUAAAGGGAGCCGAGAUGCUUAGCAUGUACGUUGGCGAGUCUGAGCGUGCAGUACGGGAAAUCUUCCGCAAAGCGCGCGCGGCAAGUCCAAGCAUCAUAUUCUUCGACGAGAUAGAUGCCAUUGCGUCACGGAGAGAGACUGGUUCUCACGGCGGCAUCAACGUCUUGACUACGCUGCUCAACGAAAUGGACGGCAUCGAGGAACUGAAGAAUGUCCUCGUCGUGGCUGCAACGAACAAGCCCGAGAUUCUCGACCCUGCACUCAUGAGGCCGGGCAGGCUUGACAGCAUCCUCUACAUCGGGCUGCCCGACAUGGAGGCCCGAAAGGAGAUAUUUGAGAACUGGAUUGACCGGGCUGAUGUCAAUGACGAGGUGGACGCCAUCGUCCUAGCCUCCCUGACCAACGGCCACUCCGGUGCUGAGCUGGUCAACAUCUGCGAGACGGCGGCCGAGCUGUGUCUAGACGAGGAAGAAGAGAAAAAAAUGCCCGGUCUGCAGAUACAGGUCGAACACUUUCAGGCUUCUCUCUCCAUGGUGCCGAAACGGAUACAGCCAGAGGUCGUUGAAGCGUAUGAGCAGUGGAGCAGGAACUUUGGCAACAACCAGCAGGUUACAGUCUUAUGA